AUGGCAUCCAUAAAUGUUACCAUGAAACGAAAAUCAAAAUGUGUUAAUGGGGAAGAUAUUGAUGACGAAGAAGAAAAUGAGGAAACUAAAAGACAAAAGACGUCACCGGAAGGUAUCAACACAAUUGAUGAAGACGAAGAGGAAGAAAAAAUUGACAAUAUGGAAACUGACGCAGAAGUAAAUUCAGUUACUGAUUUAGUAGAUACUGUCAUAUUUGAAAUUAAAGAGGAAUUUAAAACUGAGUUUGGACUAGUGACUAAUCUAUACCAAAGGAAAGACGGCUGUAUGCUGGCUUGUGACAAUAGCGAGGCAUAUUUGCUAAAGAGUUACAGACUUGAAAAUGAACAGCUUCGAACAAUUCAGGAAAUAAAAGAUAUCAAAGUGUUCGACAUAGAAGAAAUUGGAUAUAGUGAAAUAAUCAUGUCAUUUGUAGGGGAGUCAGUUAUCAAACGAUUAAUCUGUGAAGGAGCGUUCGAAGAAGUUAUUGACGUGUCCCCGUUUCUUAUUCGUGCUGUUCAUUUUACAAGCUCUAGAAAUCUUCUGAUCAGUGUUCGUGAAAAGGGAGACGUCCUUCCUCUCAGGACCAUUAGUCAAAGAAAACUUCUAGUUAUGGAUAGCGAUGUCAAUCAUAUCCAUGAAUAUGAACAUGACGAAAACGGUGAAAGGCUAUUUACUGUUAUUGGUAGAGUUGCAACAAAACACGACGCAAUUUACGUUACGGACUAUACAUCCUACGAUAUGGAUGGUAGUGUUAUUUCACUGCAAUUUCCGAAUAAAGUUGAUUGGCGAUACACCGGGAGUAGCCAACCAAGUUCUAAGUUUCGACCUUGUGAUAUUUUGGUGACAGAAAAUCAUCGUAUAGUAAUCUCAGAUAGAGAUAAUAACUUGAUCCACAUUUUAAAACCAGACAGCUCUGUUCUCUCGGUGAUAGAUACCAUGGUCGUUGGAAUACGAUGGCCAUAUUCUUUAGCUAUUGAUCAUAGUGGUUCGAUAUGGAUAGGCUGCUCGCAAACUAAAGAUUUAAUUCGGAAAAAAAUAUUUGAAGCAAAGUUGUACAUUGUGAAAUGUUCUUGUUUCUGCCGAAAACAAUAA